ACAAUCUCUUUUCAUUUAUCCAGUCUCCUCCGUUUGUGUUUGCCAGAAGCCCUUCAUAGAUUCUAUCCGGUCUUUCAGCACCCGUUUCGAACUUCCAACAAGGGAUGGCGGAAGUCUCUCAGUCAGCUGAAAUUGAAACAAGUUGCGAUGUAUCAAUUGCUAUACAAAACGACCCUACAAGCAUGGAGCAGGGGACAAUGCCAGAGCAGAAAAUCCUUAAAGUGCCUCACCAACUACUUAAGGAGAUGGUGGAAGUUUCUCAGUUAACUGAAACUGACACAAGUGGCCAAGUAUCAAUUGCUAUACAAAACGACCGCCCAAGCUUAGAGCAGAACCUGAUUUUGGCUUGGCCUAGCCAGAAAAUCCUCAAAGUGCCUCGCCAAUUACUCGAGGUAAAUAGAAAAGCCUAUGAACCUUAUGUCAUUUCUAUCGGUCCAUACCAUCGGUGUAAAGAUCACUUGAAGGAAAUGGAAGAACAAAAGGUGCCUUCUUUAAAAAGGCUUCUUCAAUCGACAAAUCAAAGUGUCGAAAUAUAUCUAUCAGCCAUAGGAGAUAUGGUGAAAGAAGCUCGCAAUUGUUAUUCAGGACCUUUAGAUAUUUCCGAGGAAGAAUUUAUAGAAAUGAUGGUCCUUGAUGGAUGUUUUAUUAUUCUGUUUUUUACGGGGAUGUUGGGAGAUUCUUUCUGCUGCAAUGGCCUCAUCUAUUCAAGCAUUUUGCAUGAUUUGGUUCUAGUUGAGAAUCAACUUCCCUUUUUUGUACUAUACAAGUUAUUUGACAUGAUCCCAAAAACGUUCUUCAACUUGGUGGGUUCUACAGAUCCAAAAAACUGGUUUAUCCAUCAGUUACUUGAAAAGUUUGAAGAUAGAAUGCCAGGGCUCAGGGUUAACACAACCUAUGAUGACAGUUCAAUGAAAAAUGUUAAGCAUAUAGUACACUUAUUACACUCCAAUUGGCUUCCUUCAAACGAGGCAAUGGAUGAAUACAAUCAUCACCCAAAAGAUGGGAAGUGGCGUCUCAUACGUUCUGCUACAGAACUAAGAGAGGCAGGAAUUGAGUUUAAAAGGCUUGAGACAGGAAGGGAUGCGAGAAAGAGCUUAUUUGAUAUCAAGUUCUACAACAAGAUACUAGCGAUUCCAACUGUGACUAUUGACGUUGACACGGAAAGUUUGCUUCGUAACCUUAUUGUCUUUGAACAGUAUGACAAUAAGCAUCCACUAUUCUUAACUGCUUAUAUUGCUCUCAUGGAUCCCCUAAUCAAUUCAGUGAAGGAUGUGGAGUUACUUUGUAAGAGUGGGAUAAUUGAUAAUUUGUUAGGCAAUGAUGAAUCAGUUGCGGCCUUGUUCAACGGGUUCGGAAAUCAUAUUUCUUUCUCCAGACAAGAUUUCUUUUAUGCCCAGUUAUUUAAGGACAUCAACCGUUAUUAUGGAACACCUUGGAGUAAAUGGACGGCAAACUUAAGGCACAAAUAUUUCAAGACCCCAUCGGCUUUUGUCUCCUUUCUUGCUGCAACUUUGUUGCUUCUACUUACAUUGCUACAAACUGCAUUUACAAUCUUCCCUCGGCCUUGAAAUUUCAUAGUGCGAGAGAUCCAAGAUCAAAUGGUAUGACCAAAAUGUGUGAGAAACGCAAGUGUUACAUAGACUAGUAGAAAGGUUUUGCUACAUUUUGUUUUCUGUAAUUACUGUAUUGUAUUGUACUGUAUCUUGCUUUUUAAGGUUUGUUUUGUUGGGUUUCUUUAACCUUGUUUGUUUUGUUGGGUUUCUUUAAGCUUGUAAGUUAUUGUAUUGUAUUGUAUUGUAUUGUACCGUACCUUAUUUUCUUUAGAUACAUUUUGUUGGGUUUCUUUAAGCUUGUAAGUUACUGUAUUGUAUUGUAUUGUAUUGUCUUGUACCGUACCCUAUUUUCUUUAGAUACAUUUUGUUGGGUUUCUUUAAGCUUGUAAAUUGUGAGAGCUCUGUUAAAGAUUGUUGCUGCCUAGAUUUGUUUCAAAUUUGCAGUGUAGUGUUUCAUUAUGUCCUUCAAAAGAUAUAUUAGAUUUUGAAUACUGGGUUCUACAUAUUAACAGUGAUUAUUAUUCAGUUGCUCUUGAAAAAUUUUGAUUAUUUUGUUCUUAAUAAGCUUAAAUGUUUUGU